GGCAAACAGCAUCAGUAAGAUCCAAGCGUUCUAAUAUAAUAAAUAUCACUACCUCACAAACUUGCAAAUAUGUUCAAAUACGUACUACUCUUCGCUUUCAUCGCCUACGUCUCAGCCGGUGCUGUAGGCAAAUCCGAUGAUGCUGCUGCCGAAAUCACAGUCCUUAGCUCCGAUGUCCGCCCCGAUGGUUUCGAAGCCGCUUUAGAAACCAGCAACAGCAUCCGCCAAGUAUCAUCUGGUGACGCAGCGGGCAACAUUAAGGGAGAAUACGAAUGGGUUUCGCCUGAAGGUCAAACCGUCAAAGUGAGCUACAUUGCUGAUGCAAAUGGUUACCAACCACAGAGCGACCUUCUGCCCACAUCCCCACCAAUCCCAGACGCGAUCGUCAAGGAACUCGAAUACUUGGCUGCUCAUCCCUCAAAGGAAAGCAAGAACUAAACAAACUAAAUGAUAAUGGAUAAUUUUGCUAUGCACCGAUUAAGGAAUAUUGUUUUUGAUAUUGGACUAGAGCUUCAAUUGCUGAUGCUGAUGGAUUGGAAUGGCGAUGUGAAUGGAUGAGAAAGUAAUGUGAUAUUCGCGUACUUUUUAUUGCACAACAAUAAUGCCGAGCUCGAAGAAACUUUUUCAUUUGUUGCCGACUUUUCAGUUUUAUAAUUUAAUUUUUUUAAAUAUGUGUUAAAUGCAAAUAAAAUACUCCAGCAAACUGGUAAACAAA